AGCUGACGUCACAGGGCCUCGUCCAGUCACAUUAGAGCAGCGGACAUCAGAGGACAAAACGAGCGUCCGGAGCCAGCCGGCUGGUUGGGGGGGCAGUUGGAAGCGCUGCGCUCAUCUGGUUCGUCCGAGUCAGCGAGACCUUAGUGGGAAAUGAAGAGACUCAUGCCGUUAUACCGGGGCCUGUGCUCCAGGGCGAGGCCAAACUCUGCGCUUGUCGGUUCUCGAUGCGGGUUUUGCGGAACUCAUAGCAAGCCACAGCCAAACUUUGGCUUGUUGUUUGACAUCGAUGGCGUGCUCCUCCGGGGAAGGAAGCUGAUCCCUGCCGCCAAAAAGGCCUUUGAGAAGUUGGUGGAUUCAAAGGGACAUUUUGCAGUGCCACUGGUUUUCGUGACAAAUGCUGGGAAUUGUUUAAGGCAAACAAAAGCAGAUCAGCUCUCACACAUCCUUGGAGUAUCAAUCACACAAGAUCAAGUCAUUAUGUCUCACAGUCCAUUGAGGAUGUUCAAGAAAUUCCAUGACAAGUGUGUGCUGGUUUCAGGUCAAGGACCAGUCCUGGAAAUUGCCAAAAAUCUUGGCUUCAAUAACGUCAUUAGUAUUGACAUGCUGAGGGAAUCAUUCCCACUUCUGGACAUGGUGGAUCACAACAGGAGACCCAAACUACCGUCCAAUGCUGUGGGCAACCUUCCCAAGGUUGAGGCUGUGGUUCUGUUUGGGGAGCCAAUUAGAUGGGAGACAAAUCUCCAGCUCAUUGUUGAUGUUUUGCUCACUCAUGGGAAUCUCAGUAGCCUUCAUCAAUCUCAAAACGUACCUCACCUGCCACUGCUGGCUUGCAACAUGGACCUGAUGUGGAUGGCCGAGGCGCAGUCUCCACGAUUCGGCCACGGCACAUUUCUCGUGUGCUUGGAAAAUAUCUAUAAAAAGAUCACAGGUAAAGACCUCAAGUAUGAGGCUCUGAUGGGAAAACCAAGUGAGCUGACCUACCAUUUCGCGGAGUUCCUCAUCCGAGGGCAGGCCAUGCAGAGACAGUGGAAACGUCCCAUCACGUCCCUCUAUGCUAUCGGGGAUAAUCUCAUGACUGACAUCUAUGGCGCCAAUUUGUACAACCGCCACCUGGAGAUAAGAGCUGCGAGAAAGAGCCCCAAAGCCAAGAUGGCUGCCGCCACAGGCUCCACGACCACCGUGCCUGCGGAGGACGUCGUUGACAACACGUGGGAGAGCGAGCUCGCCUUGCCUGCCGCCACUUCCUGCAAGUCCGUUUUAGUGUGCACGGGCGUCUACAACCCCACGGCCGAGGUGCCCUCCGACGCCAGCCGCUGCAUCAAAGAGACCGUGUUCCACGGUCACAGGGACUUUCGAUUCGACCCCGCGCUGGUGGAGCCGGGCCACAUUGUGCAGGAUGUGGCUGAAGCUGUCGAGCUCAUUUUUGAGAAGGAGAAGUUUGCGCCUCAGUAGAUUGCGCUUGAGGAAGGGCGGACUCCCGCCUCUUACACGUUUUAACCUCUGCCGCUUAGCACUGGGAUUAGGGGGGGCAUGAAAACAAACAAACGAAAAAAAAAAAAAAUGAAGCUUCUGUUACGGUAAUAUGAACUUUUAAAUUGCUUUUGUCAUAGCUGGCUGCUUUUCCUUUACAUAACUGCCUUGUUUUACGCCAAUAUUUGUAGACCACAUUGAUGUUGGUAUUACUACAAAACAGUAUCAUCCUAUAUUUUUGUCAAGUGUUUAUUGUUUUUUUUUUUUCUGGCACUUCAAACAUUGGACCUUCUUUGUUGUUGAAACAAUCCUUUACCAUUGCAAUCGUUUACACAUUUUAACCCUUGAAAGUCUAUGCAUGACUAUGAGACAUUUGUACAUUGUUGGCUGUGCAAUAUUGUCCCCGAGUAGUUAUGCCUUGCGCGUAGUUGUGAGAGACGACCAGUGUUUUCAUCUUUGUUACACGUGACCCUGACCUACCUGUUUUUUUUUUAUACAUAUAAUCAAUAUUUGACUGAAGUGUUUCAUUUAUUGUAAAUAGUGUAACCCAAGAAAAUAUAAGGAAUCAUUGCAAAUGUGUGAUCACGUGCUUUUUAAAUCAGCAACGACAUGGAGCUCUAAAUACCUAGUAUUGUGCAGUGAAGAAAAGUAUUUGAACACCCUGCUAUGUUGCAAGUUCUCCCACUUAGAAAUCAUGGAUGGGUCUGAAAUUGUCAUUGUCCUGAAUCAGAGGCACCUGUGUGAGGUCAUUAGCUGCAUAAAGACACCUGUCCACUCUAUACAAUCAGUAAGACUCAAACUUGUAACGUGGCCAAGACCAAAGAGCUGCCCCAAGACACCAGAGACAAAAUUGUACAACUGCACACGGCUGGAAAGUGCUACGGAGAAAUUGCCAAGCAGCUUUUUGGUGAAAAAAGGUCCACUGGUGGAGCAAUCAGUAGAAAAUGGAAGAAGCUAAACAUGACUCAAUCGUUGUGGACCCCAAUGCAAGAUGCAGUUUCACCUUGUGGGGUCUCAAUGAUCCUUAGAAAGGUGAGGAAUCAGCCCAGGACUACACGACAGGACUUGGUCAAUGACCUGAAAAGAGCUGGGACCACUGUUUCCAAGUAGACUGUUGACUUAAGACGUCACGGUUUGAAAUCAUGCAUGGCACGAAAGGUUCCUCUGCUUAAACCAGCACAUGUCAAGACCUGUCUUUAAUUUUGCCAAUUACCAUUUGGAUGAUACAGAGGAGUCAUGGGAGAAAGUUUUGUGGUCAGGUGAGACCAAUAUGGAACUUUUUGGUCAUAAUUCCACCCACCGUGUUUGGAGGAAGACGAAUGAUGAGUUGCAUCCAAAGAUUACCAUGCCUACUGUGAAGCAUGGGGGGUGGUAACAUCAUGCUUUGGGUGGGGGUUCGGCACAUGGGACAGGACAAAUGCACUGUAUUAAGGAGAGGAUGACCGCAGCCAUGUAUUGUGAGAUUUUGGGGAACAACCUUUUUCCCUCAGUCAGAUUAUUGAAGAUGGGUCGUGGCUGGGUCUUUCAACAUGACAAUGACCCGAAGCACACAGCCAGGAAAACCAAUGAGUGGCUCCGUAAGAAGCAUAUCAAGGUUGUGGCAUGGCCUAGCCAGUCUCCAGACCUAAACUCAAUAGAAAAUCUUUGGAGGGAGCUGAAACUCCGUGUUUCUCCGCGAUAGCCCAGAACCUUGUCUGAUCUAGAGAAGAUCUGUGUGGAGGAGUCGACCAAUAUCCCUCCUGCAGUGUGCAAACCUGGUGAACAACUACAGGAAACGUUUGACCUCUGUAAUUACAAACAAAGGCUACUGUACCAAAUAUUAAGAUUGGUUUUCUCAGGUGUUCAAAUAGUUAUUCGCUGCUGUAUCACACAAAUAAAUCGAUUAAAAAAAAAAUCAUACAUUGUGAUUUCUGGAUUUUUAGUCUUAGAUUCUCUCUCACAGUGGACAUGCACCUACGAUGACAAUUUCAAACCCCUCCAUGAUUUCUAAGUGGGAUAACUUGCCAUAUCGUAGGGUGUUCAAAUACUCAUUUUCUUCAUUGUAUGGAUGGAAUAAUUUUAAGGUACCAUAGAUAUAAAAUGGGUUUUAAAUGAUAAUCAAAAUCACAUUGUGAGUCAACUCAGCAUUUAGAAUCAUUUACUGAUUGCCGAAAUUGGAGGGAUUUCUUUGGAUUGCCUUCAAGUGGAAGAAAAUAAGGGCAUAUCUCGAGUUUUUUUCUUUUAAUUUCUUACAGAAGAGAAUCUCCUCCAUUGGUGUUCUUAGUGUUUGAAUGAAAUGUGUUC